UCACCACCGUGUUGCUCUGACGGGCCGCAGCGUGUUGCCGCUAUCAACUCACUCUGGCAAUUAGUUACUCGUGUGUUUGCUCACGCCUGGUCCAGAGGUCGCCGCCCGUCACGUCGGCCUCUGGUCUCGUGUCUGUCUGUUGCUUCUGAAGAGAGAGCGUGUUCCUCCGGAGCCAUGGGCUGGAUGAAGGAGUCGCAGAGGAAGAAGAAGAUCGUCAUUGGUGUCUUGGCUGUGUCUAUUGUGACUGUAAUCCUUGGUCUUGGACUCGGUCUCGGAUUGGAUUUGCAAAAAUGUCGAAACAAAGUCGUCCCGCACACGUCCUGCAGAGGGCGCUGCUACGAGCCCCUCGACGACGCCCCCGGCUGCAGAUGUGACGAGAGCUGCGUCGCCAGCGGCAGCUGCUGCUACGACUACCGCGACGUCUGCAGAGUCCCAACUCAGCUGUGGGUCUGUACCGAGCUGCGCUGCGGAGAGACGAGGCUGUCGAGGAGCAACUGUCACUGCUCCCACGACUGUCUGUCGGCGGGAGACUGCUGCACCAACUACAGACAUGUCUGUCACGGAGACAGAUCCUGGCUGGAGGACGAGUGCGACGAGUUUACCGCCGCCUCGUGUCCGACACACUUCAAGCAGCAGCCGCUGCUCCUCGUCUCUCUGGACGGACUGAGGGCCGAGUACCUGCAGACGUGGAGCUCACUCAUCCCCGUGCUGGACAAACUGAGACAGUGUGGAACCUCGGCCCCGUACAUGCAGGCAGCUUUUCCCAGCAAGACUUUCCCCAACCACUAUACCAUCGUUACGGGUCUCUAUCCGGAGUCAAACGGUUUGAUUGACAACUCCAUGUACGACCCGGUGUUCGACGCCUCCUUCAGCCUGUCCAGUCCAGAGAAAGACAACCCCGCCUGGUACUACGGACAACCUGUCUGGCACACAGCGAAGGACCAGGGGCUGAAGUCUGGGACUUUCUUCUGGCCUGGAUCAGAUGUUAAAAUCAACGGCAGUUUCCCAGACAUCUACAAACCAUACAACGGUAAAGUUCCGUUUGAAGAGCGAGUGUUCACUCUGCUCAAGUGGCUGCAGCUGCCCGACGAUGAACGGCCGGACUUCUACACUCUGUACCUGGAGGAGCCCGAUAAGUCUGGACACAGCUACGGUCCCGUCAGCGGAGGGCUGAUUGAAGCCAUCCGGGGCGUGGACAAGAUCAUGGGUCAGCUCAUGGACGGCCUCAAGCAGAUCGGCCUGCACCGCUGCGUCAACAUCAUCAUCGUGGCCGAUCACGGUAUGGAGGACACCAGCUGCGACAGGAAGGAGGCGCUGCAGCAGCUGGUGGGCGACACCGGGGGCUACUGGGUCACCGAGGGGCCGUUCGGACGCAUCCGGGCCAGACACAAAGGCGUCGCCAUCGACUCCUCUGGACUUGUGGCCAACAUGACCUGUAAGAAGCCCGACCAGAAGAUCAAACCGUACCUGAAGGCCGACCUUCCAAAACGCCUCCACUUCGCCAACAGCCGCCGCAUCGAAGACGUCAACGUCCUGGUCGAACCCAAAUGGCUGUUUGAGAGAUUUCCCGGAUCCGUCACCUUCUGCUCCGGCGGCGCUCACGGCUACGACAACGACGCCGAGAGCAUGCACGCGAUGUUCGUCAGUUACGGACCCAAGUUUCAGCCCAAGACAGAAAUCGAACCCUUCUCCAACAUCGAGCUGUACAACCUCAUGUGUGACGUGCUGCAGAUCUCCCCCACUGACAACAACGGGACGCACGGCAGCAUGAACCACGUCCUGCGGCAGCCCUACCACGCUCCAGCGCCCCCUGCGGAGCAGAGCCAGCAAGCGCAGUGUCGGCCCGUCAGCCUGGAGCCCGCCGACGGCCUGGGCUGCUCCUGUCCGGCCCUGAUUGGAAACAGCUCGACAGUCAACAGCCGCCUGAAUCUGACAGCUGAGCAAGAGUCGGCGGCGGAGAAGAGCCACCUGCUGUUCGGUCGACCCCGGAUGCUGCAGCCGGAGCGGAGCUUCUGCCUCCUGCGCCAGGAGGGAUUCGUCAGCGCCUACAGCGCCGCCGCCCUGAUGCCUCUGUGGAGCUCCUUCACCGUCCACAGACCCAUUGAUUCAGAUCCGCUGUGGCCGGUGCCACAGAACUGUUUGAGGGCUGAUGUCAGACUCGCCCCGUCCCAGAGUCCCAGAUGUGACCAGUAUGACACAGCUGGGAACCUGACGCACGCCUUCCUGUACCCGCCCAACCUGAACACCACGGUGGACCAACAGUUCGAUGCUCUGUUGAUGAGUAACGUGGUGCCAAUGUACCCCGAGUUCAAGAAGAUCUGGCUCUUCUUCCACGACACGCUCCUGUUGAAAUAUGCCUCCGUCUACAACGGCGUCAACGUGGUGACGGGCCCCGUCUUCGAUUACAACUACGACGGACGCUACGACCGACCGGAGGAGAUCCAGCAGUUUGUGUCCGGCACCAACAUCCCCAUCCCCACGCAUUACUUCGCCGUCCUCACGGCCUGCGGAGACUCCGCCCAGCCGGUGGGCGCCUGCGGCGGCGCCCUGCAGACCGUCUCCUUCCUGCUGCCCCACAGGCCCGACAACUCGGAGAGCUGCAGAAGCGCAGAGGAGGAAUCUGUCUGGGUGGAGGAUCACAUGUGGUUCCAUCAGUCGCGGGUCAGAGACGUGGAGUGGAUCACAGGACUGGACUUUUACCAGGGCAGCGGUCGACCAAUCACAGAGCUGCUGAGGCUGAAGACCCGCCCCACUGCUGCCAUUCACAGAAAACGCUAAAAAAAAGAUGCACAGGUUUACACAAAAAUAUACAAUUAUAGUUCACGAAUAAAAAGUCAGCACCAAGAUUUGUAAAAAAAGAAUAAUCCUCAAGACAAUGACUUUGUUUAUUUAUUUACUUUUGAAUUUUUGAUCUGAUCAUUUAGUUUUUGUAUCAUUGAAUCUUAUUAUAUUCAUAUUGUCAUGAUCUUGUAAUUUUUUAUGCCAACAUGUAUUUCAGGCACAAACACAUGAAACAAAUCUCUCCGUACUUUUGAUGAUCACACACAUUUGCUGUUUCGUUCAUGUAAGAUAUAUUUUAUAAGCUGUUUGUCUGUAUAUUAAAAACCCAGUAAAUUCCAGAAAUAUUGAAACCAGAAA